AUGUCGCAACCGGCAAGCUCAACAGUGUCCAUGCACGAGAAGGACGACCAAAUACCACACACCGAUGUUGAACAGCCAAUUGCAUCCAUGGACGACAAGCAUCUUGAUACGGCUGCGCCUACAGCUGUGAGCCCUUUCGACCCAAGCCAGUACCCUGACGGCGGAAGAGAUGCAUAUCUUUGUCUUCUUGGCGCCUUCUGCUGUCUCUUUUGCUCUUUUGGGUGGCUCAACGCCGUUGGUGUAUUCCAGAGCUACUACCAGCGAAACCAACUCCGAGAAUACACGCCUUCAACCAUCGCCUGGAUUUCCUCGCUCGAACUUUUCGUCAUGUUCUUACCUGGACCCAUCGUCGGUUUCGUCUACGACAACCACGGCCCCAAGUAUCUCUUGUUUGUCGGUACCUUCUUCCACGUAUUCGGCCUCAUGAUGACCAGUCUCUGCACCGAAUACUGGCAAUUCGUUCUCGCUCAAGGCAUCUGCAGUCCCCUGGGCCUCAAUUGUAUUUUCCAGGCAGGCACAAGCACCCUCCCCACAUGGUUCUUCAAGAAGAGAGGUCUGGCAUACGGCGCUAUGGCUGCUGGAAGUGGUUUGGGCGGUAUUAUCUUCCCUAUCAUGGCAUCGCACUUGAUCCCAAAGGUUGGCUAUGGCUGGACAAUGAGGGCGAUGGCCUUCCUCAUCCUAGGCAUGAUGAUCAUCGCUAUCUUCACUGUCAAAUCUCGGCUUGCCCCGACACCGAGAGCGUUCGAGUUGAGCGUAUUCUUGGAGCCCUACAAGGACACUCGCUUCGUCCUCCUCACUGCUGGGUCCUUCAUGUUCUUCAUGGGCAUUUUCAUUCCCAUAAACUUCAUUGAGGUACAAGCCAUGUCGGACGGAAUGUCUAAUCGCUUGGCUGGCUAUCUCUUGGCUGUUCUCAACGCCGCCAGUAUUUUCGGUCGUGUCAUCCCCGGUGCUCUUGCAGACAAGGUCGGAAAGUUCAACAUGCAAGCCUUCUGGUCCUUUGUAUCCGGCAUCCUAGUCCUCAGUCUCGGCAUCACCGCCUCCAACAACGCAGCCUACAUUGCCUUCGCUGGCUUCUACGGUUUCACAUCCGGCGCUUGGGUUUCCCUUCUGCCCGCCCAGAUCGCUUCCAUCUCCAAGGUUGAGCAGAUUGGCACACGCGUUGGAGUCAUCUUCGCCACCAUGUCGUUUGCGGGUCUGAUCGGUAACCCAGUUGCCGGCCAAAUCAUCAUCAAGAACAAGGGCGAGUUCUGGGGCCUGAACGUCUUUGCAGGUGUCAUCCUCCUGUCUGGAGCAAGCAUCUACUUGGUGGCUCGUAUGCACAUGGCGAAAUGGAAGCUUGCUGUUAGGGUUUAA